AUGUCAAGUGCUAUAUCCAGGGAAAGGGGUAAAGGAAAGCCGUACAGUCAAGAUGCGUUGAAUGUUGGCGCUAGCCACCACGCUGGUGGUACUUCAUUACCGAUGGGCGCUCCUCAGCCCUCAUUUGCUACGCCCACUAUUCCGAAUUUGCCCACACCCCAGCAAGAGUACGAUAUGACAAGUCCCACAAUGUGUUUACCAGUGGGCACAACGAUACAUCCGAUGGGAUACGGUAUGUCGUUUCUGCAGCACGGCGGCCAUUACGUGGCGAGACCAGGCAAUGCCCCACCAACGCACAUGCGAGCUCAACCGCCACAACAGUAUUAUCCGCCGCAGCAGAUGUUCGUUCAACAACAACAAUUUUAUCCUGGGCCACAGUAUUCACGACAACCUGGUAUGGAUUAUGAUCCUCAUGCAGCGACCAUGAGUACAAUGUACAUGGGCCAGCAAAUAACGCACCCUACACCUAUGACAAUGCAGCCGCCUCCACAGCAAGUACAGCAACAACGGAAUAAAAAUAUUCUCACAAUUCAAGAUCCUAAUACGUUAGAGGAGGUAGAUUUAGGUGCGAGAUCUGAUUCAGCUACAGAAACGAAAAAGGAUGAACCAAAAGGACGAAAAGAUGUUGACGAAACCGAGCAAAAAAAAUCUGAAGUGAUGAGACAGUUCACCAGACAGCUGCAGGAGCGGAACGAGAUGGAUCAAGCGGAAUCUUCAGGAGCAGGAUCGCUACCGUCCAAACCCAAUACAUCUCGCGAACAUACUCCAGUUUCCACGUUGAAUCCUGAGGAACAGAAGGCAAUGUCUGGUGAAGGCGUAGCCACAACGGUGGAGACACCGCCUGCAACGGAGCCAAUACUUAAGGAUAAAACGAAUGAAACCGAACCAUUGACAAAAGAUGCAUCCCAAGCCGAAAGUAAACCAGAGCCAGCUGUGGUAAUUGAAGAACCACACAAAAUUGAUGAGGCCUCAAUACCUGCACCUUCUACUCCUGCUCAGACGACGACUUCUGUUUCUGCACCUCCUCUUGAUCCUGAUCCUGUUAAAGAGGAGCAUGAGGCUCAUGAGGAAAGAAAAACCUUACCUGAGAUCAGAACAGACUCUGAAGCACCAAAUUCUACUACUCCGGGGGGUUCGGCGGUUGUUGAUGAUCAGGAGGAGAGCCUCAAGUCAGAUAUCGCUACUGCUGAGACUGUCACUGAAUCUACAGUGGAUCAUGGAUCGGUUGCCGACGUAGAGGCGGAAGACUCUACAACGGAAGUUGUUGAUACUCCGGAUGCUCCAACACCAGAUACGGAAGAGGAGGAAAGGCGCAAGGCUGAGGAGGAAGAGGAAAGAAAGCGACAAAGAUUAGCCGAGUUGGAUACGCUGCUUCAUUCGCUACUAGAAAAUCCAGCGGAAGUUGAUAGCGAUAAUUUGAUUUAUGGAAGAGCAUUUCUCUAUUGUGUCAGGGAUAUCGAGAAGGAGUUCAAGCGUUGCCCUUGUCCUUUGAGCCAUGACAAAAUAGUGAAACUUGGAAUCGAUCUGAACUCGAUGCCUAAAGGAAAUGACAACAAGAAGCAGCAUAGCUUUAUUCCGCCGUGGAUGAAUCAGUCUAGGCAAUCAAAUAAACCUUCAAAUCGGCCGUAUGGUGGGCGAUUCUCACACAAUGAUCACCGUGGUGGAAAAGGAGGCAACAAGAAGUUCCCCCCUUCUGCAAGACCGUCUAUCGAACGUAAUAUUGAACGAGGUGUCCCUCUUCAUAAAGCUGAAAAUGCGUGGAAACCAGAGAAGAUCCGUCCUGAAGAUUUAGAAAAGGAAGAAGCUCGAAUCAAGCUUCUUUUGAAAAAUGUGCGAUCAUUGAUGAAUAAAAUUACUCCAACCACAAAAGACGACCUCAUCAAAGAGUUUCUUGGCUAUGAUGUGUCCUCCAGUCCAGAACAGUUGGCUUCAGUGAUCAAUAUAAUAUUCGACAAGGCUGUUGAGGAGCCGAAAUUUUGCCCCAUAUAUGCCGAAGUAUGCAAACAACAGGUAGACAAAGAACUUAAGGAGAACUCCAAGCUAUCUCUUUGUCGGAAUGCUCUUCUGAAUAGGGCGCAGGAAACCUUCGUGAACAAGACUUGGGAAGAGGAACGUAAUGUGAAGGUCAAAGCAAUAGAAGAAGAAGAGGAUCCCAAGAAAAAACUGCAAAUGCAGCUUGAUUUACAAGAAGCGGACAACAAGUUCCGUCGGCGGAAGUUCGGAAAUAUCACCUUUAUUGGACAAUUGUAUCGGCAGUCGUUACUCUCGACAAAGAUCGUGCAAUGGUGUCUGUUCGACCUUAUUAAACAUACUCAUCGAAAUCCUGAAACUGGAAAGCUCCCUGAACCGCCAUUCGAUGAGGAGUCGUUGCAAUGCGCUAUACAAUUGAUAGAAAGCCUGGGUAAGCAGCUGGAUGUGUCUUCUCCUGAUUUCAAUGGAAAGGAGUAUCUCGAUCAAACAUUGCAUCAUUUGGAGUGCAUAUCGAGUAUGACAAGUAACAAGAUAAGGUUCAUGAUAAUGAAUGUGGUCGAACUCCGCCAGAGUCGGUGGAUUCCACGAAAAGGAGCCGAUCAAGGCCCAAAAAAGCUGGCUGAGAUACACAACGAGAUUAAGCGUGAACAAAUGGAAAACCAACUUCAAAGAGAUCAGUACGACCGCAAAUUGCGAACAGGUGGAAGCACAUCUCAGCAUGGUCGUAAUCCUCCACCACCACGAAACUCACUUGACAACAGAUUUGGUCCUAAAGGUGGUGACAGGCGAUCAAUUGCUGCAUCUAAAGCAAAACAGACACCAUCUAGUGUGCAGCCAAAGAGCGUCAGCUUGUUGCUAAAGGGCGACAACUCACUCGGAGGAUCGAAUAGAAAAACAUGGCAUCAAGGAUCUGGAGGUGGUGGGAACAACUCAACAGUGGAAGCAGCGAAAGUUGGUUGGCAAAAACCUGGGCGUGACGAGAUUCCACGAAAGAAUUCUUCUGUUGAUGAACGAGCAACAACUUUAGCUACCACCAAGUCAGGCAGUGUUGGGAAACCCGAUACAACACCGGUAAUUGCUUGUCUUCUUGUAACAGAACCUGACUCGGAAGAGCUGAAGGCCAUGCGUGAGGAUUUGUAUAAGAAAAUUGGCAAAGAAGUGGCUGCUAUACUCGAAACCUACGACGAAGGCGACAUGAAAUUGGAAGAAUGUGUAAAUGACAUUUUCAAAAUGGUUGACGCAGAACAAUACGGGCGUCCUAGUGUUAAUGAAGUAUUUUCACGUUUUACAGAAUACGCUGUAGAGAAGGUUCGCAAACCCCUUCUCCCCAAGCUUGGUCACAUGCUCUGUCUGGCCUUGCAAAAUUCCGAACAUAGAUCGGAAGCUCUGGCUGGAAUGGCAAAGUAUUGCUCACUAGCAGUUGAAUGUGAGAUGUGGAUGGACAUUCCCGAUAUAUGGAGCAAGCUUGCCGAGUUAUUGGUAAAUGCUGUCUACUGCGAUCCGAAUGUAAUAACUGGUGUACGACCGUCUUUCAAAGACUUCACGAACGUGUUUAUAGAAGCCUCCAAGGACGAACGAAAAGAUAAACCGUACGAAUUGCUGGUUGUCUCACUCAAACGCAUGGCUGAAAUGAAUGCAAAAGUAGAUUCUCAAGAUCAUGCUACGAUGUCUUCUUUCGUAUAUUCCGAAGAGCUACCAUUUCUACAAGAAAUUGAUAAGGAGCGAUUGGAAAAUGCAUUGCGGGCGUGCCGACCCGAUGUGCCUGGAUUUGACGACCUAUACGCGGUGUUGCAUCAUCAUUAA